CUUGGCGGUUACGCCAUCAGCGCCAUAUGAAAUAGGUAAACAGAUCGACGCAUCUGCUACUCUCUCCAGUAGGUACGCAUGAAGUGGGUAACAGGGGAUCGCUGUUUUCAUUCUCUUCCUGGAAAUACUCUAAUAAAUUUAGCACGAGCUGUCGGCCUUCUCCAUUGAUCGUAUAUCAGGGCAUUGUACAAUUUUAUAUUGAAGACUGAUAACAG